AUGGCUCCCUCGAGAGGGCUGCGGCCCCUUCUGCGAACCCGCAUACCAGCACUCAAACCGCACGCUCGACGUUAUUCCGAAUUUGUAGCUGCAGCAACAGAUCCUUCCCAGAAAGCCCGAGUCUUUGUCUCCCAAAGCCAAGACCCAUACCUCAACCUCUCAAUUGAGCAUUAUCUGCUUCAGAGAACGCCCGGAGACUCCACAAUCCUCUUUCUCUACACGAAUAGUCCCUGUGUUGUGAUUGGCAGAAAUCAGAACCCAUGGAUUGAGGUCAAUCUUGGAGUUCUUCGCAACGAAGAAUUAGGAGUCAAACUCGUCCGACGCCGAUCAGGAGGAGGGACAGUGUUCCACGAUGAGGGGAAUAUGAACUACAGCGUUAUAUGCCCCCCGUCGGAAUUCAAUCGAGACAAGCAUGCAGAGAUGGUGGUCAGGGCCCUGAAGUCCUUGGGGACGGAGAAAGCCAGGGUCAACGAACGGCACGACAUCGUCGUGGACAAAGAGGACAAGGAAGGAGCUCUGAAACCGUUUAAGGUAUCUGGGUCAGCAUACAAACUUACGAGACUGAGGUCUUUGCACCAUGGAACAUGUUUGCUUUCGAGCCCCAAUCUUGAAUCCAUUUCGAAAUACCUCCGAGCUCCUGCGAAGCCAUUGAUCAAAGCAAGAGGGGUGGACAGUGUGAGCUCGCCAAUCGCGAACGUUGGUAUUGACAACUUUAAGUUCCAAGAGGCUGUGGCAUUCGAGUUCAGGUCCUUGUACGGCACCCUGAGUGAAGCGAGUGUGUGGAACAGGAGCAUAUUUUUCGUAGAUGAAAAAGCAAAAGAAGUCCCAGAGAUAGCCUAUGGGCUGGAGGAACUCAUGUCGGAGGAUUGGAUAUAUUGCCAGACACCUCAGUUCAAGUUCUCUACCAAAAACAUAACAGAGACAGACUCCGUACAAUCCAUACCGAGUUCCUGGCCACCCGCAUUGCGAGGGAUAGAAUUCACAGCCAAGCACGGAAAGUUCACAGAGGUAUCAGUCGACUACAACGAUAGGACAGCCAGCAGCGAGCAAAUCGAGUUGCCACUUCUGAAUAAAUUAGAAUUGCACAAGAUCACCGACUGGGAACAGCUUUUACCUCCAUUUCUCUUCACAGAUUCAGACCGCAAUGUGGCGGUGAGCCCUGGGAGGACGAUGAACCAGCUGUUUGGAAUGGGAAACUACGAACCGUCAGCAUAUGUCCGAGAAUAA